CAUUGUGUCGUCAUCGUUUUAGACAAAUCACGUCUCUUCCAGAGGAAAAACGCAGUAAAAUCCGUAGAAUUAGCAUUUUUAUCGCAACAGUGUUAGAAUAGUGCAGAAGUGAGAGUGAUCUUCCACACACACACACGAGAAACGAGACGAGACGAGAAAAUUAUUGCCUCUGAAAGAGAAAUUUCUUCGGGUGAAAAACAAAAAGAAAAAAAUCAGGCAGAACAAGAAAAGUUUUGCAUGAAAAACACAAAAAUAUUCCCCAAAGAGAAGAAGAGAUAGCAGUGCAAAAGAAAUUUUCUUGGCAGCACUCAGUGUGUGGUGUUUUGUGAGUGAGCUGAGAAAGUAUUCGUUCGACUUUUUUGUAUUUUUUUUUUCGUACGUGUGGGAAAUUUUUCUGCUGGGAAAGCAAACAAAUUUUUGUGUAAAAAAAAAUAUUUAUAUCAGACGAAAGGAAAAUGACAUCUGUGGUGUUGAAGAGUUUGUCGAUUCUCCUGGGAUUGUUCUUCAUCUUUAUCGGAAUCAUCAAACUUACGCCGUACAUCAGCAAGGAUCUGCACAAAGAUUUGCGUAAGCAUUACGUCAAAUAUGCAAAAGUGUUCCCGAUCGCAUCAUUUUUCGACAUCAAGAUCCCCUCAAAGUGGUAUCGACGAGUAAUUGGCGGUCUCGAAGUUGUCUGUGGAAUUUGUCUCGCCCUCAUUCCGCAUCACAAAAUCAAAAAUGCUGCCAACAUCACGUUGCUCAGUCUCAUGCUCCUGGCUGUGUACUCGCAUUACAUGGUGAAUGAUCCCUUUGAACGUUGCGGGCCCGCACUCGUUUUCACCUUUAUGCUUGGCGGGCGUCUCGUGAUAUGGUACCAAACUGAUCGCCGCGAGCGACUUGCUGCUCAGGCAACGACCAAUGGCGUGAAACAAGAUUAAAAAUGCUCAACUGAAAAAAAAAACUAACAGCAAUGAUGCCAAAAUACGAUUAAUUAACACAAUUUUUACACAAAAAAACACAUGAGCAACACAAGAUGAUGAAAAAAAAGUGAAAACAAGAUAUUCUAAAAUUUCAUGAAAAGAAAAAAAAUGGAAACGAAUUUUUUUGUAGAGCGAAACGACGAGUUAUUCGAAAAGAAAAAAAAAUAUUAAAAGAAUAAGGAAAUUUUUUUUGCGACAGAAAAUCAAUUAUUUUGACAAGUCACCAAUUUAGCACAUUUAGAUGGAAUUUAGAUCUUUUUUUGCUAGGAUUGAAUUUUUGACAAAAAAAUUUAAUUAAUUACUUAAUUGAUUCUCAGUAAAUUUAAACGUAAAAUUAUAACAGCACAAAGAAAAUUGAAUAGAAAAAAAGUGAAUAAAUAAUUA